GCGGAACGAACGGAUCGGGUUUGAUCCCUGAUAAAUGGAAAUUUAAAUUUGUUUCAAAGUGUGUUUGCUAAACAAAGUUUAGAUCGGAAUUGGAUACGGUGUCCGGUGUGCGCGCAAUGUUUGCAAUACGAAAACAAAGAGAAUCAGGAAUGGUGCAGGUUACAGUGAAAGAGGGGAUAUUAGAGGGAGAGUUGUUGCACAAUAAUUACGGCGGCCAGUUGUACAGCUUUAAGGGCAUUCCCUAUGCCGAGCCUCCAGUGGGAGACCUGAGAUUCAGGGCUCCUAGACCGCCACAACCAUGGACCGGCGUGCGAGACGCGACGAAGCUGGGCGAAGAUUGUUACCACUACGAUCCUUUCUUCGGCACCCCGACUCAGGGCAGCGAAGACUGCCUGUACCUUAACGUGUACACCCCCGAGAUAUCCCCCUCUAAGCCUCUGCCAGUCAUGGUGUGGAUUCACGGCGGAGGCUUCAUCGCUGGGAGCGGUUCCGAUGAGUUAUAUGGGCCAGAAUUUUUACUUAGACUCGACGUCAUUUUGGUCACGAUUAACUACAGACUCGAGGUGCUCGGCUUUCUCUGCCUGGACACGGCGGAGGUGCCCGGCAACGCGGGCAUGAAGGACCAGGUAGCUGCACUCAGGUGGGUGCGCACAAACAUUGCCAGUUUCGGGGGAGAUCCCGAAAAUAUUACGAUAUUCGGAGAGAGCGCGGGGGGUGCAAGCGUAUCUUUUCACCUUAUAUCACCCAUGAGCAAAGGGUUAUUCAAGAGAGCAAUAUCACAGAGUGGCAACUCCACCUGCCCGUGGGCGAUGACCUCUAUGGUAAAAGAAAGAUCACUACAACUGGCUAAAGAUUUGGGAUGCGACUCCAAAGAUGAGAAGGAAGUAUACGAAUUUUUGAAAGCACAGCCUGUGGAAGCGCUAGUCGACAAACGUAUUAAACUGACGUACGCUGAAGCCAAUAAAGAGUCGGCUUUUAUAUACUUCAAUGUUGUUGAAGAAAAACAAUUUGGCGACAAUGAAAGGUUCAUGCCCGGUGCCCCCAAUGAUCUACUACGGGCCGGUAUUCACGAAGGCGUGGAUGUCAUGAACGGCUACACAGAAGACGAGGGAGUUUUGAUGAUAUCCGUCGGACUGGACAUUCCGAAAGUACUCGAUCAAGCUAACAAGUAUCCUGAAUACUUCGCACCAUUACCGGUAAUCUACAACGGUAAAAUAACCGACCAAAUGGAAGUGGGAAAAAUGAUAAAGGAAUACUAUUUUAAGGACGAAGAAGUUUCUACGAGUAACGUAGAUCGUUUGUAUGCUUUCCUCGGCGCCGACAGCUUUAUAUAUCCUGCGAUUUUGUGGCAAAAACUUUGUGCAAAAAAUGGCAGCAAUAACAAUUAUUUGUACAAAUUCACCUGCAAAUCUGAAAAAAACAUAAUGAAAAACUUGUUCGGAGUGUCGCAUCUGGUAGGCGACAAGAUUGUGGUCAGCCAUGCAGACGACUUGCCUUAUCUAUUCCCUAUGAAAAUUUUCGCAAAAAAGAGUCCCAGACUGGGUAUAAACUCUACAUUCUACAGGAUGAUGGAUCAAGUAACCAAGCUUUGGACAAAUUUCGCUAAAUAUGGUAACCCAACACCUGAUGCAAAUCUUGGCGUGAUCUGGAAGCCAUACACAUUGGAGAAUCAAGACUACUUGGACAUCGGGGAGUACCUAGUGCCCGGCACCGCACCAGAUAACGACGAAAUACAAUUCUGGGAACGCAUCUAUCAGAAGUAUAAUACAAAAUGUGCUCCGUGAACGAAUAUAUAAAGUUUUACAAAAAUUGAAUAUAGAGCCAAGAAUUAACUUUUAGUUUACUACCCCAUAGCCAACAAUAAUGUGAACUACAAAAUUGCUAAACUAUCUAUCAAGCAUGAAAAGGCUGUUAAAUGUAAAUGCACAUAUACGGUUAUAGUAAUAAGCAAUGCAAAUGUUUUGAUGAUACUUUUUGUUAUGUAAAAUUUAAAUUAUAUUAUACAUAUACGCGUUACGGUAACCGGUCA